UCAUUUAGUAGUUAGGCCCGUUAGUAAAAUAUUCUGUAUAGAGUACCACAUGUGUCAUAUAAUACCCAUAAAACCUAGAUGUCAAACAGGGAAACAAUAAUUUUUUCUACCAUACAUUUUUCCCAUAGGAGAUUAUAGAAACACUUAAAACAAGGGCUGUGUUUCAUAUAGGCUUGCCCUGGCGUGACGUUUUCAUAACCAUGUAAAUUUCUCUAGGACAUGGUGACUUUCAUCAAUAUAUUUCCAUGUAUUUACCUGUAAAAAAAUGAAAUGCUAAUUAGCUGCUAUUGUGAUUAUCAUAAAGACCAACAAAUACCAUUGGUGAUCUGGACGAGCCUGCCUAAAUCCAGGCAAAGGAGACUCAUCUUUCACUCACAAAGAGGAUUAGGCCUACUAACAUAGGAGUGAAGUUAUCAGGAUAACUACAUCCCCUGGAAUAUCACCCUUUCACCUGGGAAUGAUGGACAACACAACACCCCCAGCUCUGGAGGAAAUGAAGGAUGUUGAGAAAGAAAAUGAGACGGUAGAAGGAGAGUUGGAGAAUGGAGAACAUGACGAUGACAAUGAUGAUGGAUUUCAUGGACCCUUGAAUGAUAUCGACCAACAUCCACCCAGUGUGUUUGGUACGGUGAAACCACAAACCAAACUUCUCUCUAGCCCGGACUCACCCUCUAACAGUCUGGAACUACAAGGCCAUAAAAGAGGACCAGAAGAGAGACCAAGGCAUCUGGAAGAUACAGAACCAGCCUCUGACAUGCAUGUGACUCAGGGCCUUUUGGUUGAUAUUCAAAGAUGUGACAGUGGAGUGUGGGAGAGGGGAGAAGAGAGGGGGAAAGUACAUGUAGAAGAGGAGGAGUGGUCAGAGAGUGAGAGAGUAAAGGAUUCAAGGAUUAACAGAAGGAGCGCGAAGGAGAGAUGGAGACUGAGGAAGAGGGAGAGGUUGGGAGGGAGCAUACCAGCAGCAAAGACAGAGGGAUGGGAAAAGAUGGAGAAAAGAGAGAGAUGGAGUGAGUCAAGGAGGAUAGGAAAAAUGGAAGAGGAAGAGGGGAUGCAAGAUGGAGGUGUGCUGAAUGAGAGGAGCGAGGAGAGGAAGAGCGCAGAGGAGAUAGGUGAUAAAGAGACAGAGAGGAUAGGGGAUAGAGAGAUAGACAGAGAGGGCACAGGGGAUAGCGAGAUGGAAGUAGGAAGUGCAGGGGACAGAAAGAUGGAAGGAGAGCGUGCAGGGGAUAGUAAGAUGGAAGGAGAGAGUGUCAGGGAUAGAGAGAAGGAGGGUGCCAGCAGCCUGAGCUCUGAAGGGAGCUGGUCUCCUUCCCCCCAUCCCAUCUUCUCCAGGAUGCACAUGCACUCCUCCGUCUCAUCCUCCUCUUCUUCCUUCAACUGCUCCUCAGCGGAAAGCGAUGAUGUCUUCAGCGAAGGAGAGGACACAGCCAGCAAAAGGAGCACCAUGAGGAGGUGUCGCUCCUGGAGGACCUUCCUAACCGUGAUGCAGUGGUCAGUGCGUCGGCAGAGCUCAUGGGUCCAGCUAGCAGGACAUCAAGGUAACUUCCAGCUGAGUGAGGGGGGUGAGGUGCUGAAGCGUUUCAGUGAGGUGGAGGCUGUGUGUCUUCAGGCCCUCAUGGCCGACCCCCUGCGUCCAUUUGUACCGCAGUAUCAUGGCUCGGUCACCAAGGGGGGCGAGAGUUACAUCCGCCUGAAGGACUUACUGAGUGGCCUGAAGAACCCUGUCAUCAUGGACUGCAAGAUGGGCGUGAGGACAUACCAGGAGGAGGAGUUAACCAAAGCACACACUAAACCCACCCUGCGGACUGAUAUGUACCAGAAGAUGGUAAAAGUAGAUCCGACGGCUCCCACAGUGGAGGAACAUGAGCAGCGAGGUGUGACAAAGUGGCGCUACCUGCAGUGGAGGGAUAACACCAGCUCAACUGCCACAUUAGGCUUCAGGAUCGAGUGCAUCAUGAUGGAGAAUGGCAGCGUACAGCGGGACUUUAAGAAGAUGCUAACCCCAGCUCAGGUCAUCGAGGCCCUCCUCUCCUUCACCAAGAGUCAGCUACACAUCCUGAAGGCCUACCAUUCCAGACUUCAGGCUCUGGAUGAAGCACUGAAGGAAUCCCCAUUUUUCAAAGCCCACGAGGUGAUUGGCAGCUCGCUCCUCUUUGUCCACGACCGGACCAGUCAGGCAAGCAUCUGGAUGAUAGACUUUGGGAAGACCACCCCAUCGCCCAGCAGUGUGCAGCUGAGGCAUGACGUCCCUUGGGCAGAGGGGAAUCGGGAGGACGGGUACCUGAUCGGGCUGGCCGCGCUCACCUCUUUCGUGGGUCAGGCCAUCAGCCAGGCAGCCUGCAGAAAGGAAGAGAACCAUGGAGAGGAGAUGGGCAGUGUCACACACACCCUGCAGGAACAGGAACACACACAGACUAAAAGUCAGGGUGGUCAGGGCGAGGCAGCACAGAAUGAAGGUACUUCUGAUGGAACAAGAGAGACCACAUCAGGACAAUACUCACAGGAAUGUGUUCUCUAAUUUACAUGUAUUAUGUUUGUGGAUUAUUUGAGGCAUUGCAAUAGACAGUAUUAAUGGACAGAAGUCUCAACUAUUUAGACAGAAUACAGGGUGAGUUGAGUUGAAUAAGGUGUUUAUGGACAAUAUUUUUUUCAUUUUUUUUACAAUAAAAACGACCUAUUG